AUGGGGGAGGAACUGAGGAAAUGGAAGAGUGAGAAAGUGAUGGAAGGAGGAGCGGAGAAUAAAGCUAUGGCGGAGGUCACCAAGGAAAGCUCCUGCAAGAAAAGAAAGCUUCAAUCUGAUUCCAGUCAGUUUGAAAACCAUGAAGUGAAUUUGGUGUCACCGGCGAUUUUUGAGACCUCCUACUGCUCCAAGGAUCACGAGUCAAGCGGCUUCGUCAAAGAGAAUCUGAGUUCUUCAGAUCUGAAGACUGAAGGAUUUGAAACUGAAAUUUCUGUGCCCAUCAACAAUGUUUCCAGGUAA